CCCCACUCGCUCCCCUCGCCGCUCCCACACCCUCCUCUCUUCUCCUCAAAGAGAGCAGCAGCACGCCCAUCACCUAUUCGAUCGAUGGCUUCCCCUGCCAUUACACUUGUGUUCCUGCUGUCAACAGCCUCGCUUCUGUUCCAGUGCUCCUAUGGAGGCAGAACUCUCUCUGCCUUGGUGGAACAACAGCCGCUCUCCAUGACCUACCACAAGGGAGCCCUGCUCACUGGAAACAUCUCCGUCAACCUUAUCUUUUAUGGCAAGUUCACUGCCUCCCAAAGAGCUAUCAUCUCUGACUUCGUUGCCUCCCUCUCCUCGCUUCCCCACCAGGACUCCAUGGAGCCCUCCGUGGCCACCUGGUGGAAGACCCUCGCCAAGUACUACUCCACGUCGAGGACACCGUUGCCCAAACUCAGCCUCGGGAAACUGCUCCUCGACGAGGAGUGCUCCCUCGGCAGGUCCCUACGGGACGCCGACAUUGAGACGCUGGCGGCCAAGGGGGCGCCGCGGAACGCCGUCAACGUGGUGCUCACGGCGGACGACGUGGCAGUGGAGCGGUUCUGCAUGAGCCGGUGCGGCACGCACGGGGCUUCCGGCAGGUCCAAGGCCGGGGGGAGGUUCGCCUACGUCUGGGUGGGGAACUCGGAAACGCAGUGCCCCGGCCAGUGCGCUUGGCCCUUCCACCAGCCGAUUUACGGGCCACAGGCGCCGCCGCUGGUGGCGCCCAACGGCGACGUGGGGGUCGAUGGCAUGAUCAUCAACCUGGCGAGCCUGCUCGCCGGCACCGCGACCAACCCGUUCGGCAACGGCUUCUUCCAGGGGCCGAAGGAGGCGCCACUGGAGGCGGCGACAGCGUGCCCGGGGGUGUACGGGAAAGGGGCUUACCCGGGGUACGCCGGGGAACUACUGACGGACCACGCGACGGGGGCCAGCUACAACGCGCAUGGGGCCCGCGGGAGGAAGUACCUGCUCCCGGCUCUCUUCGACCCGGCCACCUCGUCCUGCUCCACCUUGGUGUAGUGUUGUGGGUACGGCUCGUUCCGGGCCAAGUUCUGAUGCUGUAAGAUGAACUAGUCGACGCAUGCAUACGGCAUACGACCACGAGAAGCCGACGCAGAACGAAACAUACUCAGUGCUUUCAGUGCCUACAUAUAAAUAUGAUGUCUGUAAUAAUUCUUUCAUUUGUUCAAUGAAACUUUUAGUGAUCUCGAUA